AAUUGCUGGAAUUAGUGUGACAUUCUUUCUUGAUUGGAGGAUUUCGGCUACAUUUAUUUACAAGUAAACACGAUUGCUUUGGACUCGGGUAACCUUAUGGAAUUCACGAUGACGUCUCGAGUUACUCAGUUGAAGGUGGAUCAAAUGAUGUCACGAGCUGUCUCUCCGAUUGGUUUAUUGUUACCGGGAGUACGAGCUUCUUUCCCAGCUGGCGUUCGGUACAAUCUGAAGCUCUUAUCGCUGAGCUUUGUCUGAUCUAUUUCUAAAUCCACCACCUCAAACUUACAAUCUACCGCUGCUCGAUUACCUAGAUCUUCAACGUGUCUUGACCAUCAGCACAUUCCCUUGGGAUUAUUAAAGCAACUUACCUUUCUCGAGCUUCUUCUGCCACUUUUCUCCCUUGUUCUACCACCUGCUCAAGUAAUAGAAACCCCCACCAAAUCGCAAAGAUGCCAGACAGCAAGGAGGACGAGAUAACCCUCGAAUCCCUCCCAAAGCUUCUCGAAAAUGACAGCAAAGUCAAGCUUGCAGGAAUUGAUGUGGAUGGCAUUUUGCGUGGCAAGUUGGUUUCUAAAAAGAAAUUCCUAGGCAUCGCAAAGGAGGGGUUUGGAUUUUGUUCGGUCAUCUUUGGAUGGGAUAUGCAUGAUCAGACGUACUUUCGAGAAUUAAAGAUUAGCAAUGCCGAAAAUGGUUAUCAUGAUAUUAUCGCCAUUCCAGAUCUGCAAAGCUUUAGAAGGAUUCCGUGGGAAGAUAAUGUGCCUUUCUUCCUGGUCAGUUUCUUUGACCCGGAUUCUCAACAACCUGUCAGCGUGUGCCCUAGAGGUCUUUUGAAGACAGCUGUAGAGAAAUUACAGGCGAAGGGUUUCGGUGCUAUGGCUGGAGGUAAGUAAUUUUAAGCCUUUAUGUAGGAAACAACAUUGACCAGGAAUACAGCGGAAUACGAAUUCUUUCAAUUUAAAGUUCCAACCAGCAACACCCCAGGUCCAAUUGCCGAACGAAACAAUUCCUCCACAGCUACCUUCCUUCGAGAAAAUCCCGUCGACUCUUUGCCAUCAUUGACUGAGGGCAUGUUUGGCUAUAGUUUAACUCGACCGGUUCAUAAUAAGGAUUAUUACUACGGCAUAUAUGAUGCAUGCGAGAAAUUCAACUGCGGAAUUGAGGGAUGGCAUACGGAGAGUGGACCUGGAGUCUUUGAGGCUGCGUUGUCUUUUGGGGAGAUCCAGCAGAUGGCAGAUAAAGCAAGUUUGUUCAAGUAGGUUUUAUCGCCAAGUGGAUGAGCAGGUCUAAUUGAUACCUAGAUACGUUGUCAAAUCGGUUGCCACGCAGUAUGGAAUUACUCCUUGCUUCAUGGCCAAACCUCGUCAAGGUCUUCCAGGAAAUAGCGGGCAUAUGCACGUUUCUAUCGUCGAUAAAGAUGGGAAGAACCUCUUUUUCCGUGAACAGAAAGACACCGAUGCGCCAUGGUCAGAUAUUGAGAACCUAUCGGACAUGGGAAGACACUUUUUGGCUGGUCUGCUCGAUGGACUUCCAGAUGUGAUGCCUUUGCUUGCUCCAAAUGUAAAUUCAUACAAGCGUUUGGUUGAGAACUUUUGGGCACCAGUUACGGUCUCUUGGGGGUUGGAACAUCGUGCGGCCUCUAUUCGAUUGAUUGCACCACCGACCGCAAAACCAGGAGCAACUCGAUUUGAGGUUCGUGUCCCGGGAGCAGACACAAAUCCAUUUUAUGUUCUUUCAGCCAUCUUGGCAUUAGGUUGGAGAGGUGUCGAAAAGAAGCUAGAAAUUCAACAACCGCCACUUGGAAAAGGUCAAGACGUUGGUGGCAAAGCUGAUCCCGGAGUAAGGCUGGCCAAAAGUCUGAAGGAGGCUACUGAAAGAUUCGCGAGACCAGAGAGCGUAGCACGUGAAGUGUUCGGUGAUGAGUUCGUGGACCAUUAUGCUGGCACUAGAGAACACGAGAUUAGAUUGUGGGAUGAGGCUGUCACAGAUUGGUAAGUUUUUCCUGUCACUUCUUUUAUCAAGCUUCUAAUUGUAUUUUAGGGAGGUUAGAAGAUACAUCGAGACCGUCUGAUGACGAUAUAAUUUCGGUUGGGGUUGGGUGAACUACCGAGUAUGUACGCUUAGUUCAGUUCGGGUAUACUUGGUAAUUUCCCGUUAUUCCUACAUGUAUCAACAACGAGGACAUCACAAUUUGUGUUUGAUAUAUACACUGAGAUCGUUCGGUAAUAAACAUACAUCUGAGAAGA